AUGUUCGCCUACAUCUACCUCUUGGCCGCCUUCCUUCUCCAGGUCGCUUGCGCCCUCCCCAUCGGCAAGCGCUCGUUCUCCGGAAAGGCUACCUUCUUCGCUGUCGGCCUCGGCGCCUGCGGUGGCACCAACUCGGACUCGGACUACAUUGUCGCCCUCAACGCCGCUCAGUACGGCUCGGGUGGUUACUGCAACCAGGGCAUCACCAUCACCUACAACGGCAAGAGCGUCGGUGCCACCAUUGUCGACAUGUGCCCCGGCUGCGCCUACGGAAGCCUCGACAUGUCGCCCGCGCUCUUCAAGGAGUUUGCGGACGAGUCUGUGGGCACUUUCCAGAUGACCUGGGACUUCGGCAGCAGCAACAGCGGUGGCGACGCCACCACCUCGUCGUCCUCGUCGACGUCCCAGUACGUGGCCCCCUCGACCUCGUCGACCACGCAGGAGACCCCCACCUCGACCUACGUGGCGCCCACCACCUCGGACACCCCUACCUCUACUAGCCAGUCCACGACGGUCGCUCCUACCUCCACCGAGACGUCGUCGUCGGCUCCCGUCUCCACCGACCUCACCACUUCGAACUCUACCCUGCCUGCCGUUACCUCUACUGCCGGUCUCAACGCUACCAACGCUACCAUCACCGCCACUGCCAACAUGACUGCGUCGACUGGUGUCGUGAUUGCCAACGCAACCUCGACCAUCCUCCCUGACACUGUCACCACGGACUCGUCGUCCGACAACAGCGGCCUCGCUUCCCUCAACAACCUCGUUUCCCUCCUGGGCCGCAUCGUUGUUGUUGGCGCGUCGUUGUAA